GGGGGAAAAAAUCCUGAAGAAUUGAGGAACUUGGAGUGGAGCGUCUCCACCUGCUUUUCGAGAGACUCCGGCUUUCUCCGUCCGCACUGGCUGGGGAUCCAAACCGCUUCAGCCCAACAUGCGGGAGACCCUGUUCAAGGAGAACUUUUGGUCUACCGAUCUGAUCAGCACAACAGGAUAUGACAGUAUCAUUCAACACCUGAACGAUGGCAGGAAGAACUGCAAGGAAUUUGAAGACUUCUUGAAGGAAAGGGCUUCUAUAGAAGAAAGAUAUGGGAAGGACCUCAUGAACUUGUCCAGGAAGAAGCCUUGCGGGCAGACAGAGUUACACACCUUGAAAAGAGCCCUUGAAGUUUUCAAGCAACAGGUGGAUAGCGUGGGCCAGAGCCACAUCCAGCUGGGACAGACUCUGCGGGAAGAAGCCAGGAAGAUGGAGGAUUUCAGGGAGAAGCAGAAGCUCCAUCGGAAAAAGAUUGAGCUCAUAAUGGACGCUAUUCACAAAAACCGGAAUUUGCAGUACAAGAAAACCAUCGAAGCCAAGAGGCUCUAUGAACAGCGAUGCAGAGAUAAGGAUGAGGCUGAACAGGCCGUCCACCGGAGCGCGAACCUGGUCACACAGAAGCAGCAGGAAAAGCUGUUUGUCAAGUUGGCUCAAACAAAGACAGCCUUGGAGGAUGCAGACAGGGUCUAUCAGGCAAAUGUCAGCGCUGUUGAGAAGGUCAGGCAAGAAUGGCAGAACGAGCACAUCAAGGCUUGCGAGCUUUUUGAGAAUCAAGAAUGUGAGCGGAUCAGCUGCUUCCGGAACGCCUUGUGGCUUCACAUCAACCAGCUCUCCUUGGAGUGUGUUAAGAAUGAUGAAAGCUACGAAGAGAUCCGUAAGAGUCUUGAACAGUGCAGCAUCGAGAAGGACAUUGAAUAUUUUGUGACUCUCCGCAAGACGGGCUCCCUUCCUCCGGCACCCGUGGUCUAUGAAAACUAUUAUAAUUCACAGAAGAAUGCAGGGUCAGGGAAAAAUCAAGCUCCGGCACCCGGGAGGAGGCCACAGUGCCCUGUUCCAGCCAGCAAACCAACGGAUCCGGAGUACUCUACUGUGGACGGUUAUAGUUUGAUACAUCACCCCUAACCUAGAAAGGACCUUGAUGCCUUGUUGCCCCCCUGUACCUCCAUAAGGAAGGAAAGAAAGAAUGCAAGAAAGAAAGAAGAAAGACUGUGUUUUUCAAUUUACUUUUUCCUUUCUCUCUCUUUUUAUAAAGUUUUCUCACACACACACACAAAGAGAGAGCACAAAAAGGACACAUUUUAAAAAGACACAAAGACCUCAUGAUUUCUUGGCACCUUUCAAGGGAGGCGUGAGUAGGGGAAUCCUUAAGCAUCACAUUGUCGGAGGUGCAAAUCCCGUGUUUGGAUCACUAGUGUCUUAAGUAAGUUGCCACCGCUCUACCUUACCUACCUCACAGGGUUGUUGUGAGGACAAACAAGAGGCAACCCCAUUAGGUUGUCUUAAAACUUCUUGAAGGAAAUGUUGGACAGUAUUUUAAAAACUCUUACUUGCCACAUGAGCCUAAGGGAGAAAUGGAUAUGCAUGGAGGUGGGUUUUUGGAAAGCGUUUUCCCUCGUUUUGUUGGAGCUGAGUACAGAAGGAGUGAAGUAACCCUAAAUUAUCUUAAACAAUAACAUGUUAAGAAGAUUUAUUGUGCACUAGCCGCCCCCUGCCACGCAUUGCUGUGGCCCAAAUGGGGGUUCUGUGUGGGAGGUUUGGCCCAAUUCUAUCGUUGGUGGGGUUCAGAAUGCUCUGUGAUUGUAGGUGAACUAUAAAUCCCAACAACUACAACUCCCAAAUGCCAAGAUUAUAUUUUCCCCAAACUCCACUAGUGUUCACAUUUGGGCAUAUUAAGUAUUCGUGUAGAGUUUGGUCCAGAUCCAUCAUUGUUUGAGUCCACAGUGAUCUGUGGAUAUAGGUGAACUACAACUCCAAAACCAAAGGACACUGCCCACCAAAC